AUGAACUUUGUUACGGCCGUCGUCGGACUUCUCACGCUCAUCAUGCCUGUGUUUGGGCUUGAUACAAGCAUGGAUGAAGUUCUCGGCCAAGCUUCGAAGAGCCUGACGACACCGGUAUCAGAGCCCACGUAUGACAGGGCUACCAUAGAAACAAUGCCUGUGCCGCUGGUGGCCGAGAAAGAUGUCAUCAUAGUUGGCGGCGGCUUCUCUGGAGUCAUGGCAGCGUACGACGUCUCGCAGGCCGGCUACAAGACUCUACUCCUCGAGGCUAGACAUCGUAUUGGUGGCCGAAGUCAGACUCAAGCCUUGCAGAGUGCCCCAGAGAAGACUGUUGAAAUGGGCGCAACCUGGAUCAAUAAGAUAACUCAGCCUUUCAUCUACGCUCUUUGUGAGCAGUUUGGCCUAGAGACUGCGGAACAGUACACUACGGGAGAUGUUAUACGUCAAGACUUUAGUGGCACGAUUCAUCGGGAAUCUCAGGAUCUCAACCAGUUUCCAGAGGGUGAAGACGUCGCAUUAGCCGACUGGAUAGCUCAAAAGGGGCUUUGGGACAAGCCUGAAGUACGGGCGGCUGCCGAAAGUAUGACCAGCGCUAUCGUUGGCCGCAUGCCACAAGAAGUCGGUGCACAUUAUUUCUUGGAUUAUGUGCAGUCGGGAAAGGGUCUCUUGAGUCUAUCUACGGAAGGAAUAUUUGGUGCGCAAUCACUCAAAAUCAAGAAAGGUAUUGGAUUCUUCGCGGCCUGUUUUGGAAUGCCCCUGCUUACACAUAUAGGUACAUCGGCACUAACGGACGCACUUGUUAGCACCAUGGAUAAAGGGAGCGUGACGGUAAAUAAUCCUGUGAACCGCAUCGUUCAGCUCGGUGAUGGAGAGGUUCUCGUGACGACGAGCCAGGGACAGAGUUACAAGUCAAAGAAGGUGAUCAUUGCGAUCCCCUCCAACACAUACUCCAACAUCCACUUCACGCCACCCCUGCCACCUUUUAAAAGAGGCUUAUCUACGAGAACGAUGCCAGGAAUCUAUGCCAAGGUGAUUUUGAACUAUUCGAGACCCUGGUGGCGGGAUUCCGGCCUAGUGGGCAAGUUUUCUUCGGAAGUCGGUCCAAUCUGCUUUAGUUGGGACACUUCUGAUCUUGAGACAGAGCAAUACAGUCUCGCUCUGUUUGUGGCGGGCAGUAUCGCUGCUGCUUGGCACGAACUGACUGAUUUGGGGCGAGAGGAUGCCAUCAUCGAGCACUUGGCUACGCUCGUCGGCUCAGACCUGGCUGCAGAGGCGCGUAACGUUUCGGAGUAUAAUGUUCUUGAGUGGACGAAAGAGGAGUACCUCUGGGGAGGACCUACAUCAUCUAUGGGGCCAGGUAUGCUUCGCAAAUAUGGCACUUCACUGAGAGAAUCCUUUGGAGACUUGCAUUUUGGUGGAGGGGAGACUGCAUACGCCUGGAAAGGUUACUUAGAGGGUGCCAUCACUUCGGGUAAGAGAGCUGCAAAGGAGGUCAUUGACGCUCUCCAAUCAGAUAGGUAA